CAGAAUUGUCUCUAUCCGCUGCACUCUCUUCAGAGAGAUAGAGAGAGAGAGGGAGAGAGGGAGAUCGCUCAGGCUGGAGGAGACCGUCGACCUGCUGCUGAUAUUCAUUCUCUUUGACGGGGUUUCCUCGCAUUGAGGGUGGACAAAUGUUAUGUCGUCGCUGAGCUCCCCGUGUGCUGCGUGCAAGUGCCAACGCCGGAAAUGUACCCCUGAGUGCGUGUUCGCCCCCUACUUCCCCGCGGACCAGCCCCAGAAGUUUGCCUAUGUCCAUGAGGUCUUCGGCGCGAGCAACGUGGCCAAGCUCUUGAACGAGCUCCAUGUGUCGCAGCGGGAAGACGCAGCAAACUCCCUCACCUACGAGGCCGAGGUCCGCCUCCGUGAUCCCAUCUAUGGGUGCGUUGGGCUCAUCUCCAUCCUCCAGCACAAGCUCAACUUGCUGCAGAAGGAGCUCAGCAAUGCCAAGAAAGAGCUCGCUGCCUACAUGGGACCCCACUCAAUGAUGCCAGCCACAGUGCAACCUCCUGGGGCGAUGUUUCCGGCCGGUAAUCCCUUGUCGUCCAUGAUGGCAUUGCACAACACGGUGCCGGUCAUCACGACUAGGGGCAAGGGCGACGCACUAUGGCAUGGUGGAGGGUCGACGUUGGUAGACCAACAACUGUUGCUUGAAGAACAUCAACUGGCGGCUAUUGCAGCGGCGAGGGAGCAACAAGACAUGGGUAGGGUUUGUGAGCAGCAGCAAAUUAGGAGGCAUCAUGAUCAACAGCAACUGCAAAGUCAACAUGAAACUAAGUAUCGCACAAAUGGUUCUGACUGUGUUGGGGAAUUUGUUUCUGCAAUACAGUACCACACCGCAAAUAAUGCAAUUCCUCCAGGCCCGGCUUCGCCAUCACUAGCAUUGGGUAGUUUCAUGAACCCAUACCACGAGCAAGCUCAUCGUCUCUCGUUGAAGUCGGAACAAGCAUGCAUCGAAAAACAUCAAGAGCAACGAUCCGGUGGCAUGGAGGGCCAGAAUGAUGAUGUCGGCCUUUCCUGGUGAAUGUUUUUACUUCAUUUCCGCUAAAUCUUAUCUUAGAUGCUCAGAUUUUUCGGGGGCGAUUUUCAC